GUCCCGGGCAUACUGACGCGCAGGCGCGGUGCAGGCCGGCGGUUGAUGUGACGUGGCAGAAGGUGAGGCGGGCUUGGCGGCCUCGGCGUGGACAGGCCGCGGCUCCUCAAGAUGUUGACGUUCUGUGAGUGCUCGUUGCUGCUCGGCCUCCUUAGCUACCUGUGCGGCGCCUCGGCAUACUUCGUCAGCAUCGAUGCGCACGCUGAGGAAUGCUUCUUCGAGAAGGUAACGUCCGGCACCAAGAUGGGGCUGAUCUUCGAGGUGGCUGAGGGCGGCUUCUUGGACAUCGAUGUGGAGAUUACAGGACCAGAUGGUAAAAAUAUUUAUAAGGGAGACCGGGAAUCCAGUGGGAAAUACACUUUUGCUGCGCAUAUGGAUGGAACAUAUAAAUUCUGUUUCAGCAACAGAAUGUCCACUAUGACCCCCAAGAUUGUGAUGUUCACUAUCGACAUUGGAGAAGCACCAAAAGGGCAUGAUAUGGAGACAGAAGGUGGUGGGGAUACAUGGGAUGCUCACCAGAACAAGUUAGAAGAGAUGAUCAAUGAAUUGGCUGUGGCCAUGACAGCAGUGAAACAUGAGCAAGAGUACAUGGAAGUACGUGAGAGGAUACACAGAGCAAUCAAUGACAACACAAACAGUAGAGUGGUCCUCUGGUCUUUCUUUGAAGCUCUGGUACUAGUUGCCAUGACUCUUGGACAGAUCUACUACCUGAAGAGGUUUUUUGAAGUCCGAAGGGUUGUGUAGCAGCCUCUUUUAGAAGUUCAGCAUCGGAGCCACAAUCUGAAAAGGAUCUGGUCACAACAGCUUUUAAUACUUUGUCACUUGACUGAAAAUCUUUCACGCACUGUGUUAUUGGUCUUCAUUUACUGCUGUUUAUAUAAAAUCCUUUGUAGUACAAUAUUGGGAGUCCAUGGGUAUAAAAGAAUAAUUUGCAGAGGCCAUAAGUUGCAAUGUAGGGGAUUUUUAAUGCUCCAAAUCAGCUCAGAUCAACUGUACAAAGGGAUCUGACGAAUGUGCAAGCCCACCUGAUGUUUUUAAAGCAUUUCUGUAACAGUGUGUAAGCAGUUUAUUUUGUUGGCAGUGCUGUACAUAGAUUGCCCAGCUUUUUGGAACAUUAGUAGUUCUCUACAGUUUAUUUUUCAAAGUGGCUGUGCGUUUCUGUGGAGGAUUUAUGAAAAUUUACAAUUAGUUUAAUACAUAAGAUGUAGAUUUACUGUAACUGUCCAGCCAUUUUCUUGUUGUCACAGUUGAUUUUCUUUUUCCUUUCAUUAUCCGCUUUCACCACUGGAACCAAAUGAACCCCUGGGUUUUAUGGUGGAUUGUUAUGGGUGUGGAUGUUUUUAUAAAAAUCCAUAUGAAAAUGAUUUUUAUUUGCUUUGCUGUAAUUAGUUUCUAACAUUGAUGAUGGGCUUAAACUGCAAACAAGAUGGAAAAGCAUUAGGUGUGUGGGUUGCUGAUUAAGAUGUGACCAGUGUGAAUAAGUUGCUUGUACUUGGUCUUUUGAAAAUCUUUCACUCGACAAUUUUGUACAAUUUAUUUACAGUUAUGGUUUAUCUUCAUGUUUAGAGGUAAACUUGUAUUACUUUAGGCGGGAAACCAGCAGAUAAAGCUCCACAAUCCCACAACUUCACAUUAUCAAAGGUUCUUUUAUUUUUUUAAGAAUAAAGAGAAUGUUUCUUGAUUCUGAAAAUGCAGCAGUUUAAAGUAAUCCUGCAUGUCAUGGGCUAUCCAGGCGCCCGAUUGCACUGGUUGUUAACUCUUUGCCAAUGAUCGGUAAUCUUUCUCGCAGAAUAAGUAUUUAAUUUUUGGCUGUGAUGUUGAGCAGUAUUUUGUUCCCAAUUUCAACUCUUGUACCGAGACUUCAGAAUAUUUGUGAAAUCCCCAUUAACUGAAACAUUCUUUAUUAUAAAAGCCCAGAAAUUAAAGCUCCGAGGAAGAAUGAAGGUAAUUUGGGGAAGGGUUGGUGAGAUUUUUCACAUUUUAAAAAAAAAAGUCCGGACCGACUUUACACCCCAAACAAUGCUGCAUUUAUAAUGAGAUUUUGCAGAUUUUGAACAGUGGAAAAUUAAUAUUUAAUUUGCCAGAUAAAACCGAUUCUCGGUUUGGAGAAGGUUGCAGAUCUUCAGUGGCUGGUAAUGUAUAAUUAAAUGCUGUCUGGUAUUUUGAACCACGGAGCAUCUGCAUUGAUUUGGAAUUUGACUUAUGGAUAUUGGCUGGAAAGACUUUUGAUGGAUUAAAAACUUGUGGUGAUUGUGGGAUUUUCAAAAAGAACAGGUUCAUAAACCUUCACCUGAUUUAAAAAGAAAUCAGCUGUCUGCCAACACUUUUUGAAAUCUUUAUGUAACAUCACAUCUUAAAUGGAUCAGAUGUGAUAUGAUGUAAAUUCAAGUCUAAAGUGUAUCUCUAAUAAAAUGACCCAAGCCAAUGAUAAUUAACGUAACAUUCUCACAUUCUCUUCAAAUGAUUUGAGGUGCAGAGGAGCAGUGAUCAUUGUGUUUGCAUUCUGUCUUUUGUAAACAUUUUGCUGCCUAUAUGUGUACAGGUAAAGUUCAUUACAGUAAACAAAAUUCCAAUUGCAUUUUUAAUUCAAAGGGAGGCAGUAUGUACAUAAUCUUGCCAAAUCAUGAGAGCAUUGUUUAUUUGAUCAUUUCAGGUGUGUGUUAUAACGUGCUGCUUUGUUGGUAGGAAUUUGAACCAUAUGAUCGAAUAGCCUCACACUGGUGUCUCAUUCAAAGCCAAGAGUCAGCUAAUGCUGUAAGACCAACAGGGUUUUACCCGAGCUGCUCCGUACCUCGCAUCUCUUCUUCUCACUCUUUUCUUCUCCCCCACCUCCCAAAGAGAACUCCAUCUCUUCCUCUUCCUCUUCCUCCUCCCUCCACCUGAUGAGGGUUCAGCUUUGUGAAUGAUCCUGAGUUAGUAUUACCAUGGUUGCUGAAUGUCUGUAGUUUGCCAGUGGUGAGUAUUAUUGCUGCAGUGAUCUGGUGUAGCAGGAAUCACUAAAGACACUCAAUUUUUAAAAUGAUAUUCUGCAAAUGCAGUUUUACUCUCUUGAAUAAAGUUGGCCAAAUUAAUUUGAAUAAAACAAAAAGGUGAACUUGCAAAAACUGAGAAUCUGAAACAAAUGCAAUAAGGGUGAAGUUGAUGUUUGGGGUUUGUACAAUCCUAAUGAAGAGGAAUACAAAAUGCUCACCGUCUCUUUACAUAUGCUAGGAUUAGUGCAGCAAAUGUAUAAUAUGGUUAUUAACCAGAAAUUUGUCAUUUAAGACUGUUUUCCAACUGUCCUUGUACAGUCACCUCCAUAAAGAUACCUAGUCUUCCACGUUUGAAGGUUGUGGUACAGUGACAGAUAUCUAACAUGUGGUAACCACUCAAUUGAAUUCAGUUCCAAUCUUAUUUGUAUUAUUUUCCAUGAGUGUACUUUCAAAUAAAAAAUAUAUUCAUUAAAAUAAUUUAAGUAAAUCAGGACAAUCCUGUUGAAUUUCCUAGGCCAAGGUAUGGAGAUGGGAGGUGUUCAAAUUACAUGUGGUUGUGGAUUCUGUUGUUCUUAUCACCUAAGAUUUUGAAAUGAUUUCCUAACUUACCUGUUCUAUUGACAUUUUCGUUAUACUCCCACCCUCCAGGUGCUUUGGUUGAAUCGAAUAGAUCUGAGCAAAAAAUACUUUCCUUACUCAGUGCUUUGAUAUUAAUUGUGAAAGUUAACUCCUUUUUCAGUGACCUUUGCAGUAAGAAUUAACUUGUUUAAAUUGCAAGAUCAUUACCUUUUAAUACUGGAAGGAUUCUCUGGUGGAUGAUGUGGUACAAGCCUUAGAAUUCAAAAUCCAUUUUAACCUUGAACUGUGUUAAAUUAACUGAUAUUUGGGACCAUACGAAGAAUCCUCUGCCCUAGUGGGAUAAACAAGAGUUCCUACCUCCUGAUUGUGAAUUCGAGUGAGGACAGAAUUGUGCUUGGAUCCUUCCUCCAGGCCGAAAACCUACUGUCGCUCACUUUUUGUGACUGAUCACUGUAACAGGGUAUUAUUGGGUGUAAUGGAAUUGUGUCUUAGCUUGAAGCUACUAGUUUCAAGAAAUGAAGGGGAUGUUUGACAUGGAAAUGAAUACCGACACUUUUAGAAUCUGAUCUUUCUAACUUUCCUUGUGAGCCAUCGUGGUUAUUAGUUACUGCAGCUUGUUUCCCUGAGGCUUGUUGAGUUAAACUGUGCAUCAUUCUGCGGUGCCAUUGUUCAGACCACAGGUUGUUUCUCAGCAUGUCUUGAAAUAACAGCCAUUCAUUGGCAAGAGAUGCCUUUUUAAAGCAAGAAACAGCUUUCAUUAUGCAACACCCCAGGACAUCCUACAACACUUUACAGUCAAUGAAAUACUUUUGACAUGUAUACAAUAUUGAAACGCUGGAAACACAGUAGCCAAAUUGGAAGCAUGACAUUACUGGGAUAAUAAUCAGAUCUAUUUAAUAACACUUGAGGGAUAAUUGUUGGUCCCAGGACAUCAGGGAGAGCUCCCCUACCUUGAAAUUAAUUGCAGAAUUGGAUUUGGGGUAUUGCAGGGAGUCAUUUUCUUGAUUAUUGAGCCGAGCCAAUUUACUUCAGAAUUUGACACUAACAGCUCUUGCUGUUUUGUCUUGUAACUUGAAACAUGUAACUGUCCUUACACCUGCUUUAGGCACCUCCACAUGUUCACUAGUGGGGAAUGUGACCACUGGAAGUUAAUUUCUGUAAUUUUAAAAUAAAACCUUUUAAUAAAGUUACACAUUGCAGUUUACAAAAUUGGAUGCAUUUAGUUGAUUUAUCAAUAUGGUCUUGGUUUGUAUGAUUCAAAAUUCUGACUCUGUUAUCAAAGUGGAAUUUUGUUUUUACUGAUCAGGUUUUGUACAGUGUGAUGUGGGAGCUGAAGUGGAGCAGACCUGGACUAGCUGCUCUUUUUAAUAAAAUGUUGAAACGUUAAA